AAAAUUAUACAAAAGAUAGAAUAUAUCACAACAACACUAUCCAGUGACGACAGCAACCAAGUCAAUCAAUUGCGACAGAUAUACAAUAAGGCGAUAAAAAUAUGGCAACAAAUUGGUGGAAAUUAAUAGUCUUGCAAAUAUUGAUAACUACUGCAAUUGGUUCAACUGGAUUGGAGCUUGGUGACGAUUCAAAAUUGUCAAAUGAAAAUAUGAUUUUGUUAUUUAAACAGUUUUUAGAGGAUAUAAAAAAUCAACAUACCAUCAAAGAUAACGAGAAAAUAGAGAAAAUAAAAGAUUUAUAUCAACCAUUGUCAUUGACAUCAAUAAAUGGCAAAUAUUUUGACAAAUUCACAGAGAAUGAAUUAAAAAAUGAGGAUUUACAGCAAUCAACAUUUGAAAAUCUUCAAAAUAUGAAAAGUAUUGAACAUUUUAACAAGAAAAGUGAUAAAACAAAUUUAUGUUAUUUUAAGAUUUGCAACAAAAAAAAAUCCAUAGAUGACUAUGACAAUUUCAUCCGUUAUGUAACAAAAAGAUAUUACAAUACACAACAGUUUUAA